UCACAUCAUGGGCAUCCCAUGCAUGAAUUUCUCUUUGAUAUAAAUACAAACACUUGGUGGGUUGAAACAGUGCUUGAGGGUCCCUUGUAGAAUUUAUUAGGGUUUUCUUUGUGCUUUCAUUCUCAUUUCUUCUAUGUUGUUUUGAAUUCCCAUGGCAUGCUUAGACAUGUACAACUCCGAGCAAAAAGGUUAUUGCCCUCCAAUGAGCCCAAGAAUCUCUUUCUCCAAUGAUUUUGUUGAUUCUCAGCAGAUUAUCAAGCAAGAGAGAGGCUCAAGAUCAGAGACCCCAGUGUCUACUGAUUUUGAAUUCUCUGUCUCUAACUACUCCAUGAUGAGUGCUGAUGAGCUUUUCUUCAAGGGUAGGCUUUUGCCAUUCAAGGAUAAUGGCAAUAACAAUCAAAUGUCAAGGACUAUCAGAGAUGAGCUUCUUGUUGAUGAUGAUGAAGAUUUUGAAGAUCAUGAAGUUUCCCUGCGGCCGCCUAAGGGUUCCACAAGGUGGAAAGGCCUUCUGGGUCUCAAGAGAAGCUACAUUGGCUCCAAGAAAGUUGAGAAAACUGAUGGGUCUGAAAGUAGAAAGCCUGGUUUUUUUCAUGAAGAGAUGCACAUUGGCAAGAGUUCACAGGAGCUUUUGAGUGAAGGAGGUUCAAGUCAUCACAGAGAUGUUGAAAUUGGGAUAUAGCUAGAUGAUGGAGCAAUUCUUUUAGAAGAGUAAAAUGGUGAUGCUGAUAUUUUUCAUCUAUUUUUAGCAGAGAUUUGGAUAAACUUAGAGUUCUUAAUCAGUCUGUGAAAGUUUUUUUUUUUUAACCUUCGUCUUCUCUCAUCUGUUUUUUGGAGUUCUAUGAUUUGUCUGUUUUGUUGUUUUCUGUACAAAAUGUUUGUAGUUGAAGAACUUCUUGUAUUCUGUUGAGCACUUAUUCAUAGAUCUGCACUCAGUUCAUUUUUUUUCUCUUA